GGGUCCCUCCCUGGCUGCGGGAGAGACAGAGGUAGAGGGAGGACACAGCGCCGCGCCGCCCGCACCGGAGACCUUCGCCUCGCCCUGCAGGCUCCUCAUCCUCUGGGAGAAACAUGGAUAAUCUCAGUGAUACCUUGAAGAAGUUGAAGAUAACAGCUGUUGACAGAAUUGAGGAUAGUUUAGAAGGAUGCUUGGAUUGUCUGCUUCAAGCGUUGGCUCAAAAUAAUAUGGAAACAAGUGAAAAAAUCCAAGGAAGUGGAAUACUUCAGCUGUUUGCAAGUCUGUUGAUUCCACAGUCUUCCUGCACAGCCAAAGUAGCUAACAUCAUAGCAGAAGUAGCCAAAAAUGAAUUUAUGCGUAUUCCGUGUGUGGAUGCUGGAUUGAUUUCACCACUGGUGCAGCUGCUAACUAGCAAAGACCAGGAAGUGCUACUUCAAACGGGCAGGGCUCUAGGAAACAUAUGUUACGAUAGCCAUGAGGGCAGAAGUGCAGUUGACCAAGCAGGUGGUGCACAGAUUGUAAUUGACCAUUUAAGGUCACUGUGCAGUAUAACAGAUCCCGCCAAUGAGAAGCUCUUGACUGUCUUUUGUGGCAUGCUGAUGAACUAUAGCAAUGAGAAUGAUUCCCUUCAAGCUCAGCUUAUCAAUAUGGGUGUUAUACCUACCUUAGUGAAAUUAUUGGGCAUCCAUUGCCAAAAUGCAGCUCUUACAGAAAUGUGUCUUGUUGCAUUUGGCAACUUAGCAGAACUUGAGUCAAGUAAAGAACAGUUUGCCAGUACGAACAUUGCUGAAGAGCUGGUAAAACUCUUCAAGAAACAAAUAGAACAUGAUAAAAGGGAAAUGAUUUUUGAAGUUCUUGCUCCAUUGGCAGAAAAUGAUGCUAUUAAGCUACAGCUGGUUGAAGCAGGCCUGGUAGAAUGUCUACUAGAGAUUGUUCAGCAGAAAGUGGAUAGUGACAAAGAAGAUGAUAUUGCUGAGCUCAAAACUGCUUCAGAUCUAAUGGUUUUACUACUUCUUGGAGAUGAAUCCAUGCAGAAAUUAUUUGAAGGAGGAAAAGGUAAUGUGUUUCAAAGGGUACUGUCCUGGAUUCCAUCAAAUAACCACCAGCUACAGCUUGCUGGAGCAUUGGCAAUUGCAAAUUUUGCCAGAAACGAUGGAAACUGUAUUCACAUGGUAGACAAUGGAAUUGUAGAAAAACUUAUGGAUUUACUCGACAGACAUGUUGAAGAUGGAAAUGUAACUGUACAGCAUGCAGCAUUAAGUGCCCUCAGAAAUCUGGCCAUUCCAGUUGUAAAUAAAGCAAAGAUGUUAUCAGCUGGAGUCACAGAGGCAGUUUUGAAAUUCCUUAAGUCUGAAAUGCCUCCAGUUCAGUUCAAACUUCUGGGAACAUUAAGAAUGUUAAUAGAUGCACAAGCAGAAGCUGCUGAACAACUGGGAAAGAAUGUUAAAUUAGUGGACCGUUUGGUAGAAUGGUGUGAAGCCAAAGAUCACGCUGGUGUGAUGGGGGAGUCCAACAGACUGCUGUCUGCCCUCAUACGACACAGUAAAUCAAAAGAUGUAAUUAAAACCAUUGUACAGAGUGGUGGCAUCAAGCAUCUAGUUACCAUGGCAACUAGUGAACAUGUAAUAAUGCAGAAUGAAGCCCUUGUUGCUUUGGCACUAAUAGCAGCUUUAGAGUUGGACACUGCCGAGAAAGAUCUAGAAAGUGCUAAACUUGUACAGAUUUUACACAGACUGCUAGCAGAUGAAAGAAGUGCUCCUGAAAUCAAAUAUAAUUCCAUGGUCCUGAUUUGUGCUCUCAUGGGAUCUGAAUCUCUACACAAGGAAGUACAGGAUUUGGCCUUUCUAGAUGUUGUAUCCAAACUUCGCAGUCAUGAGAACAAAAGUGUUGCCCAACAGGCCUCUCUCACAGAGCAGAGACUUACUGUGGACAGCUGAGAACAGCCCCUGCCUGAUACAUGGCAUUAUCCCACCUCUGAUUUCCCCUUUGUCCUCCAUCCAGCUGCCUCUUCUGCUUCAUUUUCUUCCAUAUCACUUGUGCAUGCGUGUAAUGUUCCAGUACCAAUUGAAGAACUGCUGUAGGUACCUGCCCAAUAAGAUUUCUAAACCCAUAGUUAGUGUGAACAUGAAUUUGUCAAAAACAAGUCUCCACCCAUAACUGUUCUCUUGUAUUCCUGUUGCUUGAGCUACAUUAAGUAGAAUGUGCAUGUUGUAGUCCUAUGAUGAUGUAAACUUGGUACUACAUAAGACUUGCUCCUCACAUUUGGUAAACUACAUAAUAAUGUACUGGUAAAUUAGAAACAAACAAGAAUGCAGCAGGAUCUGUCUAGCUUAUUAAGGAUGGAACGGAAUAGUAAAAACAGCACCAUUUUUUGGUGCUUGGGAAGCACAGUGACCAAAAAACUGUAUGGCUGCUCUUUCAUUAGUCUUACCUACUAAUGUCCAACCCAUGGUACCUAGAGUUAAAUAAAAUCCAAUGCUCUCACUCUUUACCCUAUGGUUUCUCCUUCUUCCUAACUA